AUGCGGGAGCGAGGGCGGAGCGCUCGGUGUCCCUCUGGCAACGGCCCCGGCAAGCGUGGUGUACAGCCUGGCAGAGAGCACCUGAAUCUGUCAGAGCUGACCCCUGGGCUGUACCAGCCUUCAGGCCGUCACUGGCUGGGCAAAGCAAAUGUCCGAGUUCUGAAGAAAGCCAGUGGGUGGUUUGUGGAACGUGCCAGUGAAAGCAUCUCUCAACUGAAGAAUGCCUUGGCAAAAGCUGUUGGUGGCACUGGAUUUGAUCAGUCCUCUGUGGAUGAGGGUAGUGACAAUGUGGACCGGGCCAGUGAUGACUGUGGGACUGCAGCCAGCCAGGAACUGCAGCACAGUCAUGCAGCUAACCAACUUAAAAUUUUGUUGCAACGUCAAGAAAGAAUGGAAAGUGAAGAGUCUCCCUCAAGAAGGAAGAAGUCAUUCCAUAAACCCCCAGAAGCUGUGCCUGCAGACUUACCAGCCCUUUCUGAUCUUGUUCCUAUAAUCAAUGAUCAGUCACAGUACAUUAACCAUUUGGAAGCAGAAGUGAAGUUUUACAAGGAGGAGUUGUGUGGGAUGAAAGAUCGAGAACAGGCCGUUUUAUUUGAAAAUGAAGAGCUCCAGCAGAAGCUGAAAUUCUUAACUGCAGAAUACAUCUUGAGAGAACAAACUCUUCUAGAUGCCUCAGCAAAUACUCAGAACUCCUGGCCUGUAGGUGGUAAAGACUGUAGCACACCCCAGCCUGUCACCUCAUCACCAGCACAUAACAAAGAUCAGGCUUUUGUUACAGCAGCUUCUGGAGACAAAGCAAAAUGGCCUGCAGAACUGGAGAAUCUAAAACUUCUUUAUCAAGAAAAAGUCAGUAUCCUUGAUGCUCAAAUACAGUCCCUAAGAAAAGACCUUUCAGAAUCUCAGAAGACAUGCAAAGAUUUGGAAGGAAGGCUGAAGCACCAGAAGUCACUGUUUUCAGCCAGAAGUUCCAGCCAGGUGGGGGGUCUGUGCCUGAGCUGUGCCCAGCACGAGGCCGUUCUUGCACAGACUCACUGCAAUGUUCACGUGCAGACCAUCGAGAGGCUGACGAGAGAAAGAGAUGACUUGAUGGAUGCACUUGUUUCACUGAGACAAAGCAUGAAAGAGAUGCAGCAAAGAGAAUCUAAUGCUUGUAAGCAGGUUGAACAUGCUGUGCAAAUGGCAGAAGAUGCCAAUUUUGAAAAAACAAAGGCUUUAGUCCACUGUGAGCAACUGAAAAGUGAGAUGGAACGACAGAAGAAUUAUCUUGAGAAGGAGCUGGCUGCCCAGCUAAAUAAGAGGGCUGAUGAAAAAGAGGCGCUGCGGCGAGAAAUGAAGAAGGAAAGGGAGGACUUGGCAGCAAUGGUGACAGCUUUGUCUGAGGAUGUGGCUGUUUUGGAGGCUCAAGUAGAGAGACUUACAAGGGAAAAGAAUUCUCUAGUUAACGAGUUAGAAGAAUCACAGGGCCAGCUUGCAUCUCAGGAAAUGGAAAUGAAUAGGGUGUGUGGAGAAAUGCGCUAUCAGUUGAAUCAAACCAAAAUGAAGAAGGAUGAGGCAGAAAAGGAGCUCAGAGAGUACAGAACAAAAACUAUAAGGGAGCUUGAAAUUAAGGACCAGAAAAUAGAAAAACUGGGAUUAGAGCUGGAUGGAAACAAACAGCGUUUGGAACAAGCCCAGCAGGAUGUGACAGGAGCCAGAGAGGAGUGCCUAAAACUGACAGAACUGCUGAGUAAAUCUGAGCACCAACUGCACCUCACCAGGUUGGAGAAAGAGAGCAUUCAGCACAGCAUUAGCAAUGAAGCAAAGGCCCGAGCCCUUCAGGCCCAGCAAAGAGAGCAGGAGCUGACACAGAAGAUGCAGCAAAUGGAGGCCCAGCAUGAGAAAACUGUAGAAGAACUGGAUUCAUUGCUGACCUCCCAGAACACAUUAAUAGCAAAAUUAAAGGAAGAAUGUUUCAUGUUGGCAAGGAAGUUGGAACAAAUGUCAGAAAAAUACAGAUCUGAAGUCAACCAGCUUAGUCAGGAAAAAGAGUAUCUUCAUGGCAGAUUGGAGAAGAUGAAGAAACGGAAUGAUGAAUUGGGCCAACAAUGUAUCCAGCAUGGGAGAAUACAUGAGAGAAUGAAGUCAAGGUUACAGCAGCUUGACAAGCACUGCCAGGCCACUGCCCAGCAGUUAGUGGAGUUGCUCAACAAACAGAAUCAGCUCUUCAAAGAAAAGCACCUGCUUACAGAAGAGGUGCAGUUGCUGCGAACACAGGAAAAAAAAUGGGAUGCAGAUCUCAAGCAGAACACAGAUGGAAUGAAGUAAAAACCUGGAUGGAUAAAGAGACAUGACCAGAAGUCUGCUCUGCACCUGGCUGAAACUUGUCUGAGGCUCACCCAAAGACACCUCUGCAGAAAACAGGCACACUUGCUAGCUAAUUUCAGCUGGUUUCUAUUUGGUAUUAACUACAGAAUCACAAAUAUUUUGAAGCCUUACCAGCCUACCAAACUUUCUAGGACGACAGCUGAGACUUUUCUGAAAAGACCAGGCUUGCAAGCCAAUUUUAACAGCUAUUACUUGGUGUGGAUGUCAAUAAUUUGUACAAUUUUUAUAAAAUGUUUUUAUCUAUUUUCAUAAUUGAACAUACAUGUCUAUAUUAUUUACAGACUGAAAUAACAAUAAACCUAAUAGGAUCUCUAGGUUCCUUGUUCUGUCCCUCUGAAUUCAAGGGAAAGCAUGUGCAGGGGGAGGAGGGAGAAGGGGGCUGUUCACAAGUGCUGCACAUGUACACUGCCCUCCUUUUUACAAACUCAGUACCAGAAUAUACCUGGGAGCUUCAUUCAACAGCGUAUUUGUCACUUUUAUAUAAAAAGGGAGAGCCCCAACAACUACUUACUAAUCAGAAAAGCAUAAGAAGAUUGAGAAAUGUGCCACCUAAUGUGGAGGAAUUUCCAUGGAUCAAGUUCUCCUUUAAAACAUUCACUGAACAAGGCCUUUAAGAGAAAGGAGCCCUUGAUUAUUACAGAGGAGCCAUGCUGAAGUGGUGAAACUGGACUUUUCCACCAGCACAUAUUCAGGGCACAGCUGAACUUGGCUUCAAAUUAUUGAACUCAGAACAUUUGGAGGGUACAGGUGGAGGGCUUUUUUUCUGGUUAAAUGUGCAUUCGUGUUUUUCAAGGUUACUUUUCAAAUAGCCAACUGUUUAAGAAAGAAUUUUUCUGAAUAUUUUGCUAUCUAGUGUAGGAUAAGCUACACACACAAGAGAAAAGUCUCUACACCUAUUUUUUUCAAUGUAGUUGGUAAAGGGGGUGAAAAAAGCACAAAGAACAGUUCCCCAGCAAUAAAGCUACUUCAGCCAGCAUGAACACGGAAAACGUAACAAAAAUAAGAGUAACACAUGCAAUAAAUUACCAUUGGGUGUGGAACACAAUCCUUCCUUCCCUUAUAUUUUAAGAAUUAUUAGUGGUACAGCCCUAACAUCAAAGUGAUUUUUCCUCCCUAUUUCAAUUUCCUGCCAUAUAAAACUGCCAAACACAUCUGAUCGCCUCCCUGAACAGCUUCACGGAUAUGACACAGCGUGCUGAGAAAGGCCUCAGGUCUUUAGGGAGAAGAAAGGCUGCUGAAGGAAAGCCCUCUCUAAUCAAACUCGGGAUUUUUCACAGUAAUCAGGCUGACAGCUUUUUAAGUGUCACUACUUGAUAGAUGGUUACACAGUUAAGAAUAUAUAUUUAUAAAUGUAGGAAAAUGCAAAGUGUAAAAUUUAUUUUUUAUUAUUCCACAGCAUAGAUCUGUAUUUAAAUAGGAGACAGUGCCUCUAGGCUAUGUGUGUAAAGGAACUCGGGCACCUAUUCCUGACACUUAGGCUUCACUGAGACCCUGGAGCACAGCGGGACCCUCAACCUUCCUGGACUUGCCUCACCUACCAGGUGGCUUCUGGUGGCCACACGCAGGGCCCCACUGCCAGCCACCCACGUGCAUGUGCGAGUCUGACUUCAACAAAGGGUCCUGGGCUGCCAGCAUAUAUAGCUCGAAGUAGGUUUUUAUACUCAUCCCAGGCAUAGGUGCAACUAUUGUGUUGCAGGGAAUUCUACAAGGAAUAACUUUCCCUGCAGCAGUCACUCUACUUUGUAGCAAUUAAUAAGUCAUUACAGCAUCAGGCCUACCUGUCUCAUAUCCCUCCCCACCUUCCCCUGUUUCUACUUAAGCACUAAAUGCUUGGUUUUACAAAGUUUACAAGUAUCAGACCCAAUGAUCAAAUCCAGGUCAAGACACAGAGCGUGAUUCCACAACAGGGAUGCAGCCUGACCAGUCCUGUCACUGCUGCAGUUUUGUCCUGGUCACUGACAUCCUGGUAUCACUGAACUAAUGGAUGGCUGCCUCCCUGAUGCUCUAUUGCAAGGUGGGGGAGUUAAAAAAUGAAGGUAAAAAAAAAGGAAAAAUCCUGAGACCUGGAUGAAGCACCUCUAUUCCUGAGAAGCAUUCACGUCAGAGAACAGAAAACCCGUCAGAAAACCUGGAUGACCCACUGCUUUAGGGACACUCAGCCCUCCAGAUCGGCUGGUUCAAACAGCCCUGGACCAGCCUGUGGGCUUCAAAGAGUCCCAUUCUGCAGUGCCCUGCAAACCCCACCUUCCCUUUCUUCCCUCUCCUUGCCCAAACAUCGCCUAGCUGUGGGAUAUGAGGCCAAGAAUUUCAUCAGCUGAAAAUCACUUAAAUGGUGGAUGUUCUGAUAGGAGCAUAUCUUCAAAAGUAUAACCCAAAUUUACUUUUGUAAGUGACAUACAUCUCAUAGAGUUAACAGGAACCACCUGUAUGGAAACAGCCUCGGUCCAAAGCACAAAUACAUUUUGCUUAGUCAUAAAAACUUUUUUUUUUUUGACAAUACUGUAACUUAAUCAUUUACAAGCUGAAACUGUUCACCCAGUAUCUGAAAUAUGUCACAGCAAGUUACAGUUAUCACUAGGACUUCACAGCAAAUAAAUCUUGUAACUAAACAUGCACAGAUCAUUAUAUAUAUACAGUGAUAAAAAAAUAAUGAUGUACACUUUUCUUGUAAGAAGAAAUUAAGUAAAUUCUUUGUGCAUUUCAGGAUUGAAACAUCUAACCUAUAUAAAAU